AUGGCUGAUUUACAGCGUGUCGUCUCAGAUGCGAUGCGACUGGAGCGGAACGGGCAGGCGAGCCAGAGCAACUCGCCGCGCGUCGCUCCAGCGCAUGCGUCCUGUCCUCCGUCUGCGCCCUAUGAGCCUGCACCUCCCCUUCCACAGUCACUCGUUCCCCCUCCCCUAGCUCCCUCUGCAUCUGCCGCUGCUCAUGGGAACCGGAUGCACCUGCCGUGGGUUCCUCCUGUGGCGGGUAUGGAGUUUGUGACCGCGGCUGGAGGACCGGUGACGGCGCAGUAUCCCUCUCUACUGCCUGUUGCUCCUGCUCCUCUGGCUGUAUCGGUGCCAGUACAGUCACUGGUGGGGCCCCUUCCGUCUGCUGUAGUGCCGGAGGCGUCGCUGGGGCAGCUAUGGCGCCUCUCUGAGGGUCUGCGGGCAGUGCACCUGAUUCAGGUGUAUGGUCACGCGGCUCUCUCCCAGGGUGCUCAUCUGGACCCUGGCCCCCGGGACGAGUGCCUGGAUGCCGCGGAUCGACUAGCCGAGCUCCUGGCGCCCGUGUUGGCCGCGCCCGCGUGGGGUGGAGUUGCGGGCAUUGGACAGCUGGGGACGGCGGUCCGUGGUUUGCGCCGGUUGUUGCGCGCGGGCUCUGCCGUCGACUUGAUCGGCGCAACGACAGUGGUGGUGCGCGAGCUUCAUCGUUCUCUGACGGGUCUUCUCGCUGUCCUUGACGCGGAUCAGAUUGUUUGCAUCCGUCUGCAAUGUGUUUGA